GUGAUCAGAUUUUGACAACACAGUUAUUUUCACUUCAACCAAUCAAAGCCAGAGCCCCAGACCAAAACGACCAUAAACAGAAAAGACCGCAAGAUAGCGCCCUAAUCUGCAAUUAAAUUUGUAUCAGAACGAUGUGUCGGUUCAUUUCCACUUUCCCUGGCUGGAUUCACAACAGAUGACCAGAUGUUAGCUUCCCAGUAGACUAAGAAGGUUUUCAGCUUUCAGUAACCCCUAAUCGCUUCGUGCAUAAACUAAUGAAGCUCCGUGUGUACAUCGAUGGAGGUAGCUUCCUUUACAACCCAAUUUCUCCGCCAAAUCCUAAUCUCAAAUUCUCGGCAGUUUAUCCCAACCAAAAUCGUUACGACUGCAAUCGUCUAAUUUCCAACAAAAAGAUAAGGUGGGAGAAGAAGUCUCCUCUGGUUAUUGCUAAUUGUUCACAGAAAAACUAUCAAGAUGAGGAAGUGAAUAAUUUGGGGGUUAAAGCUGCUCUGUCUUUGCUCAUGUUCUACAAGAGUGAAAUAUCACCAUUGUUGCCCAAAAGUUGUCGAUACAUUCCGACAUGCAGUGAGUAUUCCAUGAUUGCUUACAAGAAAUAUGGAUUUGUAAAGGGUACUGCCUUGACUGCUUGCCGUCUUUGUCGCUGUAAUCCUCUGGGAGGAUCUGGAUUCGAUCCCCCAAGAUGGUAUGGCGAGACAAGUCCACCAGAGCAGUGAGUGAGCUACUUGCUAUUUGUCUAAAUGCUUUUAGGUCCUCAUAUUUCUUCUUUGUAAGGAUCUAUUUGGAACUCGGAAAUUUGGAGGUAAAUCUAGGAGAGUUUUGUAGAAAAAGAAAACGUGAAAGAAAACGAAAAAAAGUUGGUUCAAAUUUAACAAAUCAAUUAUAGAUACAUGUUUGAACUGAUUUUUAGUUAUAUAUUUUUAAAUAUAUGUAUAUUAUAUUUUUUAGGGGUCGAUAUGUAUGGAAAAGUUUAAGAAGUUUUGAUCGAUUUCAUUUUCCUUGAUAUGUUCCAAUAUAAAACCGAACGUUCAAAAUAUUUCCUAGCAUUUAUUUUAUUCACCUACAAUUUUUGGUGAUCCAAACAUAGUCAUAAUAGGAUCUAUCAUCUCAGUAGCAGCCAUCUUUUGACUGAAUCUUUUUGUUUUCCUGAGUUUUGAAAUAUUUUCUUCUGCUAGUAGUAGUGAGAUAUUCCGCUUUGAGGAAAGUGGCAUCUGAUAUCUGAUCAGAAAAAGGGUUCCAUUUGCAUAAAAUCAUUAUAUUUACUAUUUUGCAUAACCUUUCAUGGCUCUAUUGUCAUUCUUGAUUGUCACAACAUAUUUACUGUAUGGUACUGCUUUUUAUAAAAUAUUGAAUUUUGAAGAAAAAACACUGAGAUGUAACUGAAGUGUGAGGUGAGGUUUAUUUUAUUGUGAAAAACAAGAAGUUUGGUUACUAUCUUAUGCUGCAAAGUGCUUAAUUUGAUAAAUAUCUGGUACAUCCAAUUAAAUGCCAUAGCCAUUCCUCACUCACUUCAUGAAGACUUUAGAUCCAACCUACCAUGUUUUCCUUUUCCCACUUUUCAUCACAAAAAAGAAAGAAAGAAAUGAAUAGGUUAACUUUUUGAGCUUUUGCGCCUCCAAAAUUCAUACAAGUAAUAAAAGAGUCACAAUGGUCCCUCAUGGUAGACUUGCAGCAAUUGCAUUCUCCUGUUUUUAAAGUGUGCGUAUAUUGCUAGAUACAAUAAUAAAGGCCUAGCUUUCUCUUGCUUCAAUGCUCAAAAACUAUGAUCCUCGGGCAAGAUAGGUGAACAGAAAACGUCCACUUCUCUAAGCAAUGAUAAGUUUGCUUGUGGAGCAGGGGCGAACUGGUUUCGGAACCAAACCAGAUAUUACGGAAACCAAAUAUCAUCGUCUCAGUGUCUCACGCACAAUGCAAAGUAAUGAAGAGCACCGGGUUUAAGAUCUAAGUGCUCUAAAUGUGACAAUAAUGUAUCAAAUUGAUUAAACAUGGUGGCAAUUUGGCAGGCAAAUCAAUAUUCUGUGAUUGCAUUGCUUUGAACAUGAAGAUACAUUAUGUACAGGUAAAAGUGCAUCAGUGCGCGAUUUGCACGUCGAACGCUCUUUUCAUUCAGGGGACUUGUUUUGCCAACAAAUUGUCGAUGGACAAAGACAAGAUAGAGCAUAUAUGUCUUUUGUAAUUGACAAAUACCUAAUCCUAUAAGCAAAAGGGUGGGAAUAAAUUCAGCUUCUUCAAGGGUGCUUACUAGAAUCCAGAGGAGGUUAGGACUAUGUUUGGCACAACGGGCUGAAGCUGAAGGCUAAUGUCUGAAAUAGGAGCUAUUGUCUGAAUGAUAAACUAUUGUCUGAAGCUGAACAUUGAAUUGCUGAAUCUGAAUCGCUAGCUGGGUGGAGUAGACCCGUUUGGCAAAAAGAGCUGAAAACAUGCAGGAAUAAUAUGAAAUUACAUUAAAGGACAUAUGAUUUAUUAAUAUACUCCGUAAUAAAGUGUGUUUAUCAUAAUUAUUUUUAUAUUUACAUCUUUUGUUAAAAUAUAUGUAUACAUGUAAUAUAAUACAUACUAUAUAAUUUAGUACUUCGUAUAAAAUAAUAUAAUAAGAACUUUCCA